AUGGCCACUGGAGUGAUCGCCAUCGAGGAUCUUCCAGUGUUGCAAUGUCUGCGGAUUCCUCCAAAUUUGACGCUAAAUGAUUUGCAAUUUGAGAUGGGAUGUCUUGAGAAGGAUCAGCUGAGUGAAGGAGGAAAAGGAGGAGAGAUACCACAAAGACUCUCCCACGAGACUAGCACGUGUAGCCCUCCAAAAAUCAGAAAACCAUUGACAGGAGUGCUCAAAGUUGCGGAAGAUUUCCCAUCACCUUCACUUUCUGGCUCAUCGUCCAUUCAAAAAUCGAAUGGACCUCGCUUCUCCGAGAAGUUGAAAACACUCAUUUCGUGUAAGUCGAGCUCCCUUGCAAUGGUGUUACCUUCAACUAGCAGCGAUUCGCCGUCAAUAAAGCCCUCAAACGAACUACGAUUCUCUCAAUCUAUGGAUCCGAAUAAGCAACAAUGCCCAUCUCUAUGUGCAGAUUUUCCACAAAAUAGCAGUGAAACAAAAGAAUUGAGUGCCACCGAAGAAAAGGUGCCUUUUUUCUACAUCUACCUAGCGCUUCUCUUCGUAAUUCUUUGUCUUGUGGCCAUCAGUGUUUACAAUUAUUAUUCGAGUCUUAAAACAUAUCGACCAAGCACGAUCUUUCAUCUUGUUUCUUUUUUGAAUCGAGUUGAUCGAUUUAAAGCCAACAAUUCAACUCGAUUCCCA